CUAUAAAGUAUCGAGUUGGCCAUGCCAAAAGUGACUCGAACUCAAAAACAAAAUCUCUCAAUUUUCCCUCAAAAUGCCUAUUGUAAAAUCCGUAGAUGAAGCAAACACCAAAGAGACGUUUAGUCUUGCGAAAGUACUCUUCGGUGAAGAUAAACUCGAGGAAGAGGAGACCCCAGAAGCUUCGCCCAGAUUGUCGUUCGCUGAGAAACCUGUCGAUGCGGCCAAAACGUCAAAAUCCUCACCGCCGGUGAGUCGAACUGCUUCGGAUCUUGGAAGGCAUCACUCGGUGCGAAUAUCCCGGCCUUCCUUGGUCUUCCGGAACGAGGCAAUGGUGCAAAGUUUGCGCAAAAUCAGCCAGGCUUUCCGGGCAGGUUCUUCGCUGUCCAGUUCUGAGUCUGAAUUCUUCGGCAAUGAUUCUCCGGAAGUGUUGGAAAAGUUGAAAAUUCGUCACGCUGAGGUAACGGAGAGAUUCAAUAAGGCUUUGGCUCACGUCCGAGAUCGAAUUGUCCAUCACGGGUCGGUUGCCGUGGAUUUCAAAAACCGUCAAAAGGGUGGCGGAAGAGUCGAACCAUUAGUUAAACAGAUAGAUGUCGCUAGGCAAACCCUGUCCCGGCAACGGCUCAAGUUGAUCGCCGUUUACUUGGAGCUUGAACAGCUGAAAAUCCGAGACGCAGCCCUGGAUGAAAUGAUCAAGCACAUCCGGCUGGAGGAGCUGCACGAUCUGCAGGUCGAAGUAGCUCGAACAGGAGAAAAGAUUGACGAAAUUUCAAAGUCGAUGACCCGAGCAAAGAAACAGUACGAAAACGACAUUUCGAAGGCCGCUCACGUCAGAGAAAAGUGGUACUCAGUGCAAAACAGAAUCCUUGGGAAGCUUGAUGACUUGAAAGAAGUUCAGAUGCAAAUAGAAGACGAAAGGCAACGCCUGUGUCAGCUUCUCCGGAAGAAGCAAAGCUUGAGGACAGAAAAUUUGCGACUUAAGAAAAAUAGCAGGAUCAUGAACAAUAAACCGCUGUUGAAGAGAUACGAUGAAGUUGUUGAGCAGACAAUUAAAAUCAAGCAAUGUACUCACAAAUUCAGGAGAAUCCACAAAACUAUAUUUUUAAAAUCGAUUUCCCAGUAACAGUAAGACCUCGUCAACUUCCAAUAGCAGAAAUCCAAACAAACGAAGCCCGGGAAAAGUUAAUCAAUCAAUCUCAAGUCCUCAAUCAAAGCGUUUUCAUUGACUGUUUCGCUUUAUCUUAAUUAAUCCAUCUUUUGGAAAUUUUCUUCGAAUGACGUGGACGUGCAGCUCAAUCUGGUAUUGUUCCUGAAGAGUGAGCUGUAAUCUUUUGUUUGAUUUCGAUUCCUUCCGGAUGGUCUCGAUGUUGAAGAACUGAAGCUAUAAAGUCAUUCAGACUAUGAGGAAAAUUUCACGGGAUUGAUAGGGGUGUUUUGGCGUAGCAGAAUAGAGCAAUCGAGUCGAGGGUGGGUUUGAUUAUAUCAAAGAUUUGGUUGGUCUUUUUAAAUGUUUCAGAUUGAUUAUAAUUGAUCAAAUGAAUCACGAAACUUCUCUAUCUUUCUGAUUCAAAAUUACGGAGGAUUUUUGUUAUCAUUUAUUAUUAAAAGACACCAGGAGACCGACAUUUUUUCCAUCUGACUAGAAAUGAAACGUUAUUUGAUGAAAACCGUGGGAUGUUGACGGUAACUA